GUUGUCACAACUCACAACUUUACGAAACAAAUCCAUCGUCUUUCAUCGACCCGUCAAGGAAUAGGAAGUCGACAACAAACAGUUGCAUUAAAAGAUAAUCCGACUAUCGAAAUCAAACCCAAUAGCCCGAUACCGCCUCGACUCCCGCCCUCCAGAUAAGACUUUUUAGUCCCAGUCCCAGCCCAGUCCCAGUCCCAGUCAUAGUCACCAGUACCAAUACUUGCACGGUAGAUUACGUUCUCGUCUCCGGUCCUCGUCACAAGACACCCAAUCGCAUUGUCACCAAGAACCUUCGAUUGCUUUCUUCUUACGAAUACAAGUACAACGAACACAACCACAACCAAGACAACUAAUCUUCUCUUCUUAAUCAUUUUCCAAUUCCAUUCAACAAUUCUCUUUCUUCCUCAACAGACUCGCUUCAAAUUCAUCCGUAUUCUCAUUGAUAAUCCUCUCAAGUCCUCCUCAAUUAACAUACUAUUAAUCAUCACCAUCACCACCAUCACCACCAUCAUCAUCAUGUAUACCCCUUCAAGCGCCACUUCGUCCAGGUCCGCCUCUCCAGAAUUACAAUCGGAAUCAAUGCAAAUCUUUGUCAAGGUUUUGUCCGGCGACACUAUACCCAUAACCGUUCCCGAAGAUACCACCAUUUCAAACCUCGCCCAUCUCCUCUCUAUCCGCACAUCCUCGCCAUCGUCAACACUCCGUCUCGUACACGCUGGAAGACAUCUACAGCCAUCUUCAACUCUCACCUCGAAUAACAUUACUCGAGACUCGACAAUCCACGUUGCCGGAACAUUAAGAGGCGGUAUGCCACCGAGGAAGAUCAAGUGUAAUUACAAGGACUGCGGGGUGGCAGCACAACGAAUUGUAGGACACUGUGGAUUCUGUGAAGGCGAAUUCUGUGGGAAGCACAGAAUGUUGGAGGAUCACAAGUGUGUGAAAUUAGAAGACUGCAAGAAGGAAUGUCACGAUCGAAAUGCAGCUCAACUAAAUGCCGAGCGAACCCAAGUUAUCAAGGGGAUUUAGACACCUCACUCUCUCCUGAGAAACGCAUCCCGCCCGAGAUUAUAUACGGGGAGACGAUGGAAAUACUUGUUCAAUCGUCAUGUUGGCCAUCGAACUCUACUGUCCAUGGAAUCUAUGUCGGUAGUUGAGAUUUCCCCAAAGUCGCCAUUUGCCACUAGCGAUACUAUAUCUCGGGUCAAGAUCACCUCUAUCCACCCGCUCAACACAUCAAUUCUUCUACAUCUUCGUUUAUAAUAUGGUUUUUAGCGGGCGUAAGGAACUGGCAUAUUUAACAUCUUUGCUUCCAUUCCGUCAAUUGCGUUUUCAAGUCCAUCUAUCUCUAUUUCCUAGUGGCUAUUGGGGAGUUGUGAUGGUUUUGAUGCAAUUCAAUGGGUGAUUGGCUUUAGGUGUAUGGGUGGUAAUACAGUUGAGGUUAUCUUUCAUGGGAGAGAUAGGGUCGGUUUGUUAUAUAGUUUUUGAAUCAAGUUACAUAUCCGCUUUUCUAA